AUGUACUAACUGAGGUGCCGGCAACCAUUGGAGCUAGCACGGUUCCAGUAAUCCGAAUCGUCCAUUCGAACUUAGGCACAUACCUUAAAGCAAAGUUAUCAUUCUUCAACAGGAAUUUUCAAAUCGAUGACCCUCAAUGUGGUCAUAGAGGAGUCAGAGUGUCUGCAAGUGCUACGACAAAAAAAAAGAGCGAAACAAUAAAACACAAGAUGAACGCGGCCCAACAAGCCAACCUCACCCGCCUGCGCGCCGCCUUCCCGGGCCGGGCCGGGCUGGGCGCGUACCUGGAUGAGCCCAAGGCGUGGCCGGGGUCGCGCGUCAUCUUCCACACAGCCGGCCACGUCGCCAUCCACGACCUGUACCCCAAGUCCUUCAUCCACUGCCUGCUGCUGCCGCGGGCGCCGGCCAAGCGGGCCUUGCACCCGUUCGACGCGCUCGACGGGUCCGACCCGGAGUUCCUGGCCGAGACGAGGGCGCAGGCCGCGCGCCUGCGGUCGCUGGUCGCGGCCGAGCUGCGCCGCCUGCUGGGGCGGGACAGCGCGGCCGAGGCGGUGCGCAACGCGGUUCUGGACGGCACGGCCGACGCCGACGCCGACGGGGGGCUGCUUCCUGAUGGCCGCGACUGGGAGGCCGAGGUGCGCGUGGGCGUGCACGCGGUGCCGAGCAUGGACCACCUGCACAUCCACGUGCUGUCGCCCGACAUGGCGGGCUCGGGCAUGAAAAAGAAGAACCACUACCUGUCCUUCAACACGCCCUUCUUCGUCGACCUCGCCGACUUCCCGCUGGCGGCCGACGACCCGAGGCGUCAGGGCGGCUUGAUCAAGAUGCACCCCAUGGCCUGCUGGAGGUGCCAGAAAGACUUUGGGAACAAGUUUGAGGCCCUCAAGAGACAUCUGGCUGAGGAGUUUGAGGAGUGGAAGAAGGAGUAGUCGACUGGUGUUGCGCUACAGUCUGGGGUUCACAAUGUGUCUACGACGAGGGGGAGCUGGGCGACAAGGAAGAACAAUAAAUUUGUCUCAAGGCUUCGAUCAACGGCAGAACAGACGAGGCAUCACAGCCGAGUGCGAGGUGAAAACACAAAUAAUAAAGCAAUGAGAAAACAAAGUCCCUGGUCCCCUUCCCAGCGCCCUGCCACCCGGAUUCCGUCCACAUGUCGUUUCCUACUAUCUAGUGAGAACUUCAAACCUCC